AUGGUGGUUUGGAACAACAGUAAUUCUGUGGAUCCCAUAUUUAUCCUGAAGGGUUUUCCUGAAUUGGAGUAUGUUCACUCUUGGCUCUCAAUUCCAUUCUGUCUUGCAUAUUUGAUAGCAUUUGUUGGAAAUAUUACCAUCCUCUCUGUUGUUUGGAUAGAGUCCUCACUCCAUCAGCCCAUGUAUUACUUCCUUUCCAUCUUGGCAAUAACUGACUUGGGUAUGUCCAUGUCCACACUUCCCACGAUGCUUGCUGUGCUCUGGUUCAAUGCUCAGGAAAUCCAGGCAAGUGCUUGCUAUGCCCAGCUGUUCUUCAUCCACACAUUCACAUUUUUGGAGUCCUCCGUGCUGCUGGCUAUGGCCUUUGACCGUUUUGUUGCUAUUUGCCGUCCACUGCACUAUUCCACCAUCCUCACCAACAGUGUAAUUGGGAAGAUUGGUUUGGCCUGCUUGCUUCGAAGCAUGGGAGUUGUACUGCCCACGCCUUUGCUACUGAGACGCUAUGACUACUGCCAUGUCAAUGCCCUCUCCCAUGCAUUCUGUUUGCACCAAGAUGUUCUGAAAUUAUCCUGCUCAAACGCCAGGAUCAAUAGUGUUUAUGGACUGUGUAUAGUCAUUGUCACACUAGGUAUGGAUUCAGUCUUUAUACUUCUUUCCUAUGUUCUGAUUCUGAAUGCAGUACUGGGUAUCGCCUCUCACAAUGAGCGGCUAAAGGCACUCAACACUUGUGUGUCCCAUAUAUGCGUGGUGCUCAUCUUCUUUGUGCCAGUUAUUGGGGUGUCGAUGGUCCAUCGCUUUGGGAGGCAUCUGUCUCCCAUAGUCCACAACCUCAUGGCUGACAUCUAUCUACUUCUUCCCCCAGUGCUUAAUCCCAUUGUCUACAGUGUCAGGACAAAGCAUAUUAGGCUAGGCAUUCUCCGCAAGUUUGGACUAUGGAGAAGGCUUUAA